CAGUUCUCUGAUAUUCUGGAUCUGCAAGCAUGGCAUGUAAGCUGCAGCUAAAUGUCUAAAUAGACAGUUUCCAUUUUAUUUCCAAGGAACAGAAAACCAACAUACAUGUGAAACAUUUGCCUCACAUGACAUGGUGAUUCGUCAGAAUAUCUCGGAUUUCACAAUAGACAAAUAACUGCUGUUGGCCAGGCAAGCUGCGUGAUCAGUGAAUGGUCUGAGCUUUCAAAAGGAAACCCAGGGCUGAGAAUUAAAGAAACAAACAGAGACCAAUGAUGGAGAAAGGAAACAACGAGAACGAAGCAUCAGUGGGAAAAGAUGUGACAUUACAGAUUUCACAGUUGCAGGCUUUGGCAGCGGAACUCAAAGCUGGAUUCACAGGAGCAAUGCAUGAACUCAAUAGAAUUCAACAUGGAGAUCAGUUUGUUGAGGAGCGAAUUCGAGCAUUUGGAACAGAAUGGCAAGAGCAAUUGAAAGAGAUGAAGGACACAUUCAGAACAUUUAAGGAAGAGCUUCAAGGAGCACAUAAUCAAAUUAGGGAAAUGAGCGAAAGGCAAAGAGAGAUGAAAGAGUAUAUUGAAAUGCUUCAGCAAGAAAACGAUUGGAUUCAGACAAAGCCAUUGGCACAUAACAGUAAAAUGUGGAAUGGGGAAGAUGAAAAAUCAGAAGACAGAACUACAGGACAUAAAACUUACUACCACAAAACUUAUGAGAAUUAUGAACCUGCACUGAAUCAGCAUUACUUUUCGAGUCCUUUCCAUUAUUCAUUCCAGAAAGCACACAGUCCAGAUACGGAGGAGGGUGUGUACUCAUCUUCCGAUGUUCAUCAGAGAAAUGACUUGGCAUCGCCAAUGCUUACUGAUCAUCAGGACUUUCAGGGACAGAUUGACACAGAGACAAUGACAGAAUAUUCAGACAACUUCAAAGAUUCAAACCGGAGCAGAUAUGGAUCCCGAGAGAAUGAAUUAGAAACUAACCAUCUCAUAAAUCAGCUGGACAGCAAGAAACUUCAACAUCAGAAAGAAAAAUACCUAGUCAAAAGGCAACAAGCUGCUGUAGAGUUACUUGAAUCAGAGAGAGCAUACAUGUUCUACCUUUCAUUAAUUCUGAAGACCAGUGUGACUGUCAAGGGAAAGGAUGUCAUACUUAACAGCAAAGACUUAAGAAAUAUUUUCCCCAGUUCCCUCCGAGUUCUCACCCAGCAGCAUGUUUGUGUGCUUCAUACCCUAGAGGAGCGGGUCUUCAGAUGGCAGUGGCAAGGCAUUGUGGGGGACAUAUUUAUGAAACUAAUAAAUGGUGACGAUGACAAGUUUUUGGAAAACUAUAUAAUUUACUUAAAAGAACUUCCCGAAUGCGUUUCUAUACUUAACAUCUGCAGUGGAGAUUCUCUCAAGUUUACAAGGCAACAUGAGGAUGACUGUGAUGAGGUCAGGCCUGACCUCUUGACACUGCUCUUUCAGCCUGUUCAGCGGAUCCCAGAAUACGUUGUGCUUCUGCAGAAUAUACUAAAAUACACAGAACAAAACCACCCAGAUUAUUACCUAUUGCUAUUAUGCAUCCAGCAGUUCCAAACCUUUAUGUGUCGGUGCAGCCAUCUGUUCCAAUAUAAUGAAGAGCUGCUAACUCAGAACAGAGCAGAGUUAAAGAGGCUCACAGUGCCACAGAGCAGGCUGAAGGUGUCUGAGAAGAAUCAGUCCAUGAAGUCAGAUGAAUGGGAAUUCACACCUCAGAGAUAUGAGAGAUUUGAUAAUCCAGACUACAGGCCAUUUUACACCAGUGAGCUUGAUCUUGGACCUAAAUCAUCAACACUGAAAAGCGCAUUGGAGGUUGACUCUGAGACAUGCUGUAGAGAAACAAGGGGUUAUUUUAACUCAAACAAAGCAAGAUCCAUCAUAGGUCCAUCAUGUCCUAUUUGUCCAUCUGAGACCUAUGCAAAGAAUUUUCCUGCAGAUUAUAAAACUUUCCUGAAUAGAGGGGAAGGAGAGCUGGGGCAUGAAGAGCAGGAAACCUCUUGCAAUCCUGAUGAUGAAGAAUCCAUUCAAAACGCCUCUCUGUUAGAUCAAUGCUCCUUUGCAUCUUCUGAUUCUAGCCUUGAUGUACGUUUUAUGAAAACAUUAAACUACAUUCCUGCAAGAGACCCUGAAUCGACAGGGUGUUCUCUAGUACUCACGCCCAAACACAGUGCCGUGGAAGAAGACACUGACGCCAUCCACAAGCACCUUUGUUACGAAGCAGGUCAUCCUGUGUUUAAUGAAGCACAAACCGAGAAUUACGCCAGGAACAUUAUGGAAAACGUUAAGAUUCCAAUUUCCUUAUCAUUAAGUAAUAUCGGAAGCCCUGCACUGAAAACUGAAGGAGCUUCCCUAUCACAGAUUAAAGGAUCAAUAAAUAAAAGGCUGCAGAAGACAAUCACCUCAUCUUCAAGAUCUGAGGUCGACAACAAACAAACAACAGAUGUCUGGAUGGAAUUGGAAAGGGUCCAGAAUUCUGGCACUGCCACAUCAGCACAAAUGGAAGACAUGUGUAAACUCUACAAAAAGGAAGUGAAUGAGCAGACAGCUUACAGUCACAGCAGAAAACAAGAACAAAAAGGAGGCUUUAGGAAUUCCUUUCGGAAGUUGUUCAAGAAGAAAUCAAAUCAAAGUUGCAGCAGUUCUGAGACAAAGCACACACCAAAUGAAAACCCUACCCAGGAAACCACAAUGACUGCUGACCAAGAAUUCCUUGCGAGGAUUGCUCAUGUGGAUCAUAUUGACCGAGGCACUGCUGUUUAAAUUUUACAUUCAAAUUUUGUUUUCUACAACAUCCUACAGGUUUCCAGAGAACCAGUUGUGGCUUUUAGUGGCAAUUAAUUUAUUUAUUUUGCAGAUACUCAAAUUUGUUAGUCAAAGCAAGGCAGACGCUGCAAAAUUAAUACCUAUGUUCACCUCCAAUAAUGUCGUGAUCAGUUUAUUCUGGAUGGGUGAGGAUUAUGGAUUAUAUUUUUCUUUCAAGAUAGAUUAUCCAUGUUUAGUGCUCCUUUUUAACUACAUGAUUCUCCAGUUAGGAUUUUUGUAAAUGACAAUCUAUAAAAUUAUAAAUGACAAUUUACAAAAAUAUACAGUCAAU